AUGCAGCAGUCUUUACAGUGGUCUCCUCCUCCAACUGAGUAUUUAAAGCUUAAUACUGAUGGUGCUCUUUUCAGUGAUGUUAGAAAGGCUGGUAUUGGGGCUAUUCUAAGAGAUGUUGCAGGAAAGGUGGUUAUGGCUGCUAGUAUGGCUACACAUGAAGUAGAUAAGCCUAAAACUAUUGAAUUGUUGGCUAAGAAUGACAUGUUGGAUUCGGCUUCUGGUUCUCUGUUUGCUGAAGUUAUACGCUUGCAUACAUGUUUUGCUUCUUGCUCUUAUACUCAUGUUUACAGGGAGGGUAAUGUGGCAGCACAUAGACUUGCCCGUCAUGCUUGGAAUGUUGAGAAUGUUGAGAUGUGGGGGAUUGUAUUCCAGACUUUCUUUCUCAAGCUUUUUGGUUUGAUAAAUGUAUGUAAUCAUCUAUUAUUUCAAUGA